AUGCCGGCACAGAGUUGGAAGCGAGGAAGCGACGAGACUGCUUUAACCAUAUCAUCUAAAUCUAUGAAGACAUUCGAACUCGCGACGGGAAAAGAUGACAAAAUUUCGGGUGGUUCAGGGUCGAACAACAUAAAAUCGGUGGAUGAUAGAAAUGGUAAGAAGCACGAGAGCAUACCAGUUGAUUUGAGAACACAAAAUAUAAAACAGGGGACCAAGUUACUAUUUCCAAAAUUUCCAGAUCCAUUGAUGAAUAGAGAGCUUUUAAUCACUACUUCUUUUCUUCGUCCUCACUCCGGGUUUGUAGGCACACAACAAUCUGGAAGGCUAGCAUAUGAUGUUCAGGUUGAUCUUAAGGAAGUAAAUUUGGAAAAAUCUUUCCUUACUGGAUUCCUUACCAUUCAUGGACUUACUGAAGCACAUCCAGAAAUAACCACUUUUUUCAGAGGGGAAAUAGUGGGACCGAAGUUUUCUUUUUACACAAAACAUCCCGAAUGGGGAUCAACAAAGAAAAAUGAUAUUCAGCAUUGGGGAAGAUUUCCUAGCUGGAGGAAGCUUAAUUUUAAUACAGAUGAUGAUGCAGAAAACCACCAAAUAUAUAAAGAAGCAAAACAAGGCGAGUUUUUGUACAUGCGAUGGAAAGAAUUAUUUUUGGUUCCCGAUGCACGUAUUAAAAACAUCAAAGGUGCGUCUUUCACUGGAUUUUACUACAUAUCAUUUAAUCAGCUUACCGGAUCUAUCAGUGGAUUAUAUUUUCAUAAGAGCUCGGACAAAUUUCAGAGACUUGAUCUUUCGCAUAUACCUGAUGGAGGUAUAUCUCCUACUUAUCAAUAUGCAUGA